GAUCAGACCAUUUACUCCGGUUGUCUCUUUGGGCCCAGUGCUUGUGUUAUGGGAAAAGGGAUUAUAAUUUGAAGCUGUUUGUAGAGGUGAUUACACUGAUAGAAUCCAAUCAGUCCUGGUCCAAGCACACCUGGAAAGUCCUGCAAGACCUCAACUACAGCGAUCCCCAAAACAGCAAGUAAAACCCUUCAUGACCCUUGACCACCAAAUCGUCCACCAAACUCUCAAACAGUCACACCCUCCAGGGCCAAGCUGUGUGCUUCUGCCACAACAUGGACUUAGGAGUCCGGACAGUGAUGCUGGCCUCCCAGGAAACCCACUCACCAAGUCACUAGCUCUUGGGAAAGAAGAUGGCAGUGAGGAAUGGCAUUUAUCUGGAAAUAUUUUGGAUGUCUAUAGUGGCGAGCCCGGGAUUUCACCAGUUAAUAUGGGGCUUACAAGUGCUUCCUGUCCAAGUGGUUUACCAAUGAAAAGAGAAAUUACAGAAACUGACACUAGAGCUUUGGCAAAGGAAAGACAAAAAAAGGACAAUCACAACCUGAUUGAAAGAAGAAGAAGGUAUAAUAUUAAUUACCGAAUCAAGGAGCUUGGCACACUUAUUCCAAAGUCUAAUGAUCCUGAUAUGCGCUGGAACAAAGGAACCAUCCUAAAAGCAUCAGUGGAGUACAUCAAGUGGCUACAAAAAGAACAACAAAGAGCCCGGGAGUUAGAACACAGACAGAAGAAAUUAGAGCAGGCUAACAGGCGACUUCUACUCCGAAUUCAGGAACUAGAAAUACAAGCUCGAGCUCAUGGUCUGCCAACUGUGACUUCACUUGGCACUGUUGAUUUAGGUGCCCACGUCACCAAACAGCAGACCCAUCCUGAGCAGAAUUCAGUAGACUAUUCCCAACAACUGACUCUGUCUCAGGGGCCAAGCCCUGAGCUCUGCGAUCAAGCUCUGGCCUUCUCUGAUCCUUUGUCACACUUCACAGAUUUAUCAUUUAGUGCCGCUUUGAAAGAGGAACAAAGAUUGGAUGACAUACUACUGGACAACACAAUAUCCCCAUUUGGAACAGAUCCUCUGCUAUCUGCUGCUUCACCUGCAGUUUCCAAAGCAAGCAGUAGGAGAAGUAGCUUUAGCUCAGAGGAUGGUGAUGAGUUUUAAGAAAUAAACAAGCUCAAUCCAUCACCUGGGAAGCAAGUCUGUGGUGGAGCUAGGCAGUUGUGUUCUGUGUAUUGCUUUGGCUUAAUUUUCCUGACAGGAAUAUGUUGCCCAUGAAAAGCUGAUUAGAAGCAACAGAAGAAUUCACAGGAAGUAAAGACAGGCUGUUGAAGAAUUAUUUAGGACUAAAUAUUUUCUUCUUUCUUUAAAGAGGCCACUUAAAUUUUGUUUUUCUGGAAAGAGGCACAUCGUAAGAAAUAGCUCCCUUCUGAUGCGUAGUAUUGGGACUAACAGCCUGUGAAAUAUACAAACUGACUGAAAUGUACAACACUUCUCUCAGCUGUUCACUUCCUUGCUCGUCACAUAUCAAAGCAUCAGUUUCUAAGAAUGAAGAUCAACAAGUCCUGUCGUCAUUAUUUUUUUCUAUGUUGUCUAAAGUUCAAACCUUAUAGGGAAAAUAAGUAUAAAAUAGACUAUCUGUCACUUAUAACCCAAAAGUGACUAUAAUAAAUAUGAGAAUUUUCCAUAAUAAACUAUAGAAAAUUUACAAAAACAUGGGUUACCAAAAUGAGACCCUUGUUUCCUGGUCAGUUCAAUUACAUGAAUUCUAAAAGCAUUCUUGCAUAUUUAUGUCUCCAUGGUCAGUUCAUAAAAUGAACCAGUUGAAUAAUUUCCUCCAGAACAUGGUCUAGAAUUUUAUCAGUUCACGCAGACACCCAUACAAAUGCACGCAAUACCAAGUAGUACAUAUUCUUUUAUUUUCAUUCAUUUUUCUGAUUAUUUAAUUAGGAUUACAAAUCAUACUUCAAAUUGUUUUCUUCUUUAAGAGAGUUUAAAUAAUCAAUUUCAGUAUAUAAAAUAUAAAAUUUCCCCCUAUUAGGAAAUUGUGUGAGGUAUCUAACAUUUAUCAUCAUGUCCAAUGUUGGAUAUAGAUUAAUGGUUGAUACAGUUUUGCUCUAAAUUGAACAAAUAUUGAAAAUUUCACUGGAACAAUUUUAUAAAGGGAUUUUUGAAAUUGCAGUAGGUCCUGGGAAAAUAUUAAACAAAUGAAGAAGAUGAUGUUACUACUGGGUGGGAAGAUUAAUAAAACUAAAUGAAAGGCAACAAAAAAGGAUAGAAAACAUAUAGAAUAAAAGUCUAAGCAUAAGCUGUAACAUAGAGACAUUCAAUGCAAUGAAAAUGAAUGACAAUGUCUAGGGAAGCCAUGGAAUUCGACUUCUCUUUAAAGGCAUAAGUUGGAUGAAAGAGAGGUGGUAUAUGGAAAUAAUAUCAACCAAAUAAUAAAAAUAAGGAUUAUAUUGUAGAGGUACCUUCAUGACACAUUCAUUAAUGGAUCUGGGCAUUCUAUUAACAUGCAGUUGGAGAGUUCUGGAAAAAGAAAUUGGCAACAGGUUGUGGGGGUCCUUGAAAAUGAGAAUAAAAUGAUAAUGUAGCAAUGGAAGUUUUUAGUAGGAGUGAGCAACCAAAAAUUAAAAUAUAUAUUGCUAAUCUUACUAAGACAUAAUCUAUCAAGAAUAUUAAACUUUGAGAUAAAUUUUUGAAAGUGUCUUAUUUUUUCACAUGGAAAUAUGUCAUCACAAAAUUUAAGAUUUUUAACACUGAUAUACGUGGGGAAAUAUGAAAUCCUGUGGUAGAAUGAUUACCUCAUGCUUAGUUUACAACAAUAGCUCCUAUUUUGAAGAAUUAAAAUAAUUUUAAUUGAUGUGGAAAAAUAAGUAUUAAUUUCUCAGAACAGUCAUUAAAAGCAGGUAGCUUAGUUUAUUGAAACUUUUCUUUGUGAAAGAGAACAAUUAGAUAGUUUCUCCAUAAAUUUUGAAGAGGCUAUUGAAUAUGUAGAGCUAUAUAGCAAAGUCUACUUUAUUAUCUGAGUUGAUAAUUCAUUCAACUUUGCAAAUUAUAGACAAAUUAUAGCUUUGGAAUCAAUGGAAAGCACACCAUUGUAGGGAAGUUGGUUUCUGUUCUUCUACUCACAGUUCUCCUUUCUUCAUAUUCUAAGAUGGCUUGACCUGAUGAUGCUGUUAUGACAUCAUUUUCCAUUCAUUUGAAGUUCUGCUUGUCCUUGACCCUAUGUCUCAUAUCUGGGCUGACAUAAGGACUUGGCACAGAAUAGUAGAGCCUGUUGACAAGAGAUCCGAAGAUGGGACUAGUAUUUGCUGCUCUGUUCUAAUUAUGAGAUAGAUAUCAGGGAAUUGUAAAAUGGAUAAUGGAUUUUUAAAGUCAAGGUGAAGAGUGUUACUGUGCCUGUCAAUGGAAAUAGGCUAAAAAUUAAUUAUACAGUAGUUUUAAAUUUUUCGUGAUAUGAAUCCCUUCAGAAUCUAGUAGAAGAUGUAUACGAUCUCCCCAGAGAAAAUCGAGAUCUUUAUAUUGUCAAUAUAGGACAAUAAAUUGCAUGCUUCAGAAGGUUUUAGGAACCUCCUGAAUGUCUUCUUAAAUCCCAGAUAAAAAAAAUAUCUGCACCAUUUCUGUAAAUUCAUUGAGACCUACUUAACUAUUUAUCAAGAGACAGGUGUGUAGUUAUUGUCAUACAUAAUGAGGGAGCAGGGAACAUUACUUAUCUUAAUAUUAUUAUUCAGUUGUAAUGGUAUUGAAGCUGCAUAGCACGGUAAAUUUGUACCAAAUACUAGAUUAUUUGCUAAUUAAUUUGUUCCUUUUUAAAAUAGUCCAAUUUCAAAUAUCCCCUCCCUACUCAACAAAUUAUAUUACAUAUUAUAUGUAUGUUACAUAUUUGUGGAGCUGUUCUCUAUCAUUAUUAGAUGCUGUACACAUCCAACCAUAACAUUUGGAAAUGAUGAAUAUACAUUUCAAAGUAAAAAUAAUGAGAAUUAAAAAGCAAAUAAUUUGAGUAUCUAAGAAUCAAGAGAGACUCUUAUGAAAACUGAUAAAUAUCUAGAAUACUUUUGCAGUAAUGAGACUUCUCAUAACAGCAAAAGAGGCAAAUUGUUUAUCAAGCAACUUGUUCAUAAAAAUAUCACUUUAUCACAGGACUCUUAAUAAUUAACUAGGCCUUGUUCAUUCAAAGAAUUAAUGCAUAAUUGUAAUUAAGAUUUUCUUAUCUUAGUAAAAUAAUAUUAAAUAAUUUUAUCUUUAGCUAUAUUUUCAAAAUAAUGUCCAGCCAAAUCUUUUUUCUAUUUAUGAUAAAAUGUUGGAUACCCUUUAGUGUAUUCUCAUUAUGCAGCUUUUUCUAAUCCCCAAAUAUCUUGGGGAUUUCCUAUGAGUAGAUAUAUCUGUUUAUAAUUUUUCCAUUUAGUUUUUUCUCUUCAACUUUUCUAUAUGAAUUUUAGGACAUAUAUACCAACAAUAUUUCCUCAGUUUUCAUUCAUAUCAGUGACUAUAGCUUUCUUAAUAUAGGUUAAAAUUUUUUGAGAAUAAUAAAUAGUGAGAUGAGCUAAUAACAUUGAGAAGUAGCUCCCCUCCUUUUAAAAAUCUAUUUUCCCCACUCACAUAACUGUAUAUAAAACACCUAAUAGCUCUUAUUUUAAAGAAAUAGACACAAAUAAUUUUUUUGGUUUAAUGUUCUCAUUUAUCUCAUUAUCAAAGAAGUUAAAUUUCAAAAAUUAAAAGAAGAUAUAUUUUUCUUCUAUUUGGGUUGACUGAGUCAUAUUGGAAUUUUCUUGUGCUUCAAGGUAUCGGUAAAAUACUUUUGUUUUUCUGGCAUUGUGGGAUUUAAAUACAUAAAUGUCUCAACUAAAUUUUCCAAUAGAUUUUUAAUCAACACCUAACAUUCAUAUCUUGGUGAGUGUAAUUAAUAAUAAUCUAUUACAUAUAUCAAAAUAGAAGACAGGAAUUGGAAUAAAUUCUUUAACAUUUUCUAUAAUGAUGGUAUUUACUGAUCUUUUGAUAUCUAUUAUGUGGAUAAAACUGGAAUCAAUUAAUCCUUUCACUGUGUAAUCAGCAUUAGAUUAAUCACCUGAGUUUCUUGAAAACACCUGAAGUGUUGAAUUUUGGUUCCAUAUUGAUAAUGGCUUGCCUGUAUAUGCUACAUGGAUCACGACCUUUGUCCCUCCAGUAAUCUGAAUGUCAAUAAGUAGAAGAAGCCAAUUUGAGUUUCUAUACACUGUGUGUAAAGGGAUUUCAGUAUAUUUAUUUAAUAAAUACUAAAAUCAUUAGGUGUGCUGAUGAUCUAAUGUGUCAUAUGACCCUCCUGCCAUUAUUAUUCAUAAAACAAGUUAAAGGGGGAAAAACAAAUUAAGCUUUUGUCUUAUAUCAAUUCUACACAUAGUAUUUUAGUUCUUAUAAGAUUUUUAAUUCCAUAUCAAGGAAACUAUUCAAAAAUUGGGAAAGAAAAUCAGACUUCCUUAAAGUUGUCUGUGCCACGCAUUUCCCUGUGAGCUUCAUAGAUAACUUGAGUGUAUAAGAGAGUCUCAGAAAACAUUUUAAUUUUAAAAAACCUCUUCCACUAUCACACCAAUUUGAGGAUAAAAUACUGCUACCUACAGCUUUAUACAUAAAAGGGAACUUUUUAUCUUCUUGUAAGGGAUUUGUGUGUGUAUUGCUAUAUGAUCAAAUGAUUUCUGUUGUCUUCUGCUGAUAAAAUCCUCUAUAAAAUGUCUUUUUUUCUUACAUUAUACAACAGGAUUAAAGAAUAAAAUUAAAGACUUUUGUGUCUGCAUAACUACCUCUCCUAUUCCUGCACUACCUUUUUAUUUCAAAAUUCUGUUUUUUCCAGAGAAAUAAAUUUUGUUUGUAUUAUUUAAA